UCUCCUCGGCGUCACUCUCAUUCAUCCUUUCUCUCUCUCCUUGCCUUCACCUCUCUCUGCUCUCCCUGUUUCCAGUCAUUCACAUUCGGAGCGGACAACAGCACCUGCUACCAGAUCUCAUAUGAAGAAAAAAGAAGAACAAUAAAUUCAACUGAAUCAACUGAACAUCUGAGUGUGGCAGCAAGACUGGAGCAGCAUAGACAGCAUCUGUGGAUCUAACAUCUGUUUCAUGAUGGGAUACUUUAGGUCAGCAUGGCAGAGGACUUCUUCAGCAGCCUGUGACAUAAUAGAGCUGACGUUUUUUAUACCUCCGCUCUACGCCUGAUGGCAUCUUUGUAUUUUCAAGCAGCCCCUUUUUAGUCAAACACGUGAAAAUUAUGACAGUCAGCUAAACUGGACAUAAUUUAAAUAAGUUCACCUAUAUCAAAACCCAUCAUUCAGUUAAUGAUUUGGCUGAAACACAAACUCUGUAGCCUGGCACAGGCAGACGCUUCCCACGUGUCCACCUGAGGCUGUCCGUACAUUUUAUGGAGGCCUUGCAUAGUCGCCUGACGACCGGGGAGCAGUCCGGAGGUCAAGAACAUUGUCAACCAGAGUCUCCUCAGAGAGGCUUGCAGCCUAAGUCUCCCUCCCAGCAACACCAGCUACAGCAAACUGGCUCCCCAAAGCCUCAUGACACCCAACAGCAACCCAGACAGUCCAGAAGACAGCAUCCAGAACGAAAGCGUCUCAGGCCCCAGCGGCAGAGCAUUGACUCAGAUACACUGCUGGACCAGAAACAUGAAGCAACAAAAGCAACCACAGUUUCUAGUUUGUCUCCAGGAACUCCACCUUCUACUGCAUCUGGUCCCAACCAGCCUAAACCAGACACCCAGGAAGGUACCCCAAAACAGAAACGUGAGCGUAAACCUCAGAGACCAGGUAAAUAUGUCUGCACAUACUGUGGCCGCGCAUGUGCAAAGCCCAGUGUACUGCAGAAACAUAUUCGGUCCCACACAGGAGAAAGACCCUAUCCUUGCGCCCCAUGUGGUUUCUCCUUUAAGACCAAGAGUAACCUGUACAAACACCGCAAGUCACAUACCCACAGGGUGAAGGCAGGUCUGGCACUUGGGGAGACAAGACCUUUAGAGGAGCAAAUCACAGAGUCAGAAGAUGAAACCAGACAGCUAUCAUCAGUUUCGUCUAACACAGAAAGACAGGGAGGUGUUACCUCUAUCAAGAGUCAUGAACCUGAGAAGGCCAAAGACUGCACAGGAGGGAAUGAUGACUCCUAUGCAGUAAAAAAGAGACUGGCUAUGCGGCUAAGUAGAGGAAAACAUGGUCUUCGGGACUCAGCUGAUGAAAAGGCAUCCUCACUAAUAUUAGGGAGUAAAGGAAGUACAGAAUCUGGAUAUUUCUCUUGCUCUGAAAGUACUGAACAAUCACAGGACAGCCCAAACACAAGUGCCAAAAGCUAUGCAGAGAUCAUCCUUGGAAAAUAUGGCCGCCUCGGACACCUGCAAAGGAUGUCACGUCAUUAUAACCAGCAGUCCUCUGGUCAAGAGGAUAAAAGCAUCCCAUUUACAGUGCCCAAGAAGCAGGUCAUUGACCACAUCACCAAACUGAUCACAAUCAAUGAGGCAGUGGUGGACACCAGUAAAAUUGACAGUGUAAAGCCAAGAAGAUUUUCCUUGUCUAGAAAGAGCAGUUCAGAGUCUCAGAAGGGUUCAUCUGUGAAAGAACAUGUUCAUAGCCCCAAACCAGGAGAUCUUGGCUAUAAAAACAGUGGCUCCAUCACUAUGGGAGUUCCAUGUGAAAAAUUUCAUCAUCAGUCCCUAAAUGUGGAACAGUCCUCUAGCCAAACAUCUUCUGCCCCUCUGCUGAGAAGUCACUCAAUGCCCUGUGCACCCAGCUCAUAUGAUGUCUCCAGUAGUAACUCUGGUAAAUUCCGCCAAAGUCAGUCCUUUGAUGAACGACAGCCCUCUGAAAUGCAGGCAUCCCGUCGUUACGGAAUGCUCAGACGACAGCCAGCUAUUGAAAUCCCACUUGGUGCAGAGCUUACAAAAGAGGAACAUGAGAGUGCUCAUUCAUUUUUCACUGACAGCAUAACCACCGUGCCUGACCACAAGCAAAGUCAACCACAGCCAUAUGAGUGUGAGGCCUGUGGCACUGGUUGCCAAGACUGGGAAGGUUAUAAGAAACACAAGCAAAGCCUGUGCUUAGUACAUCGUCCCAGAAAUGAAGUAGUAAUUAGUCAGAUGGAGUGCUCACAACUAAUUAACCAUGCAGCCAGAUCAGGAGCUUUAGCAAUGCGCAAGAGAAGGAAAGAGGAGAGUUUUGAUUUUGAUGACCCUGCUUCUCCUUCAUUACCCUCUCCUUGCCUCUUGUCAGGGCAGUCCAAGGUUGAAAGCAAUAUGGGUUAUGAGUGUCCUAGAAGACCAAUGCAAACCUGUUCAGUGAUUCAACAUACAAGUUCAUUUGAAAAGCAAGAUUCUCUGUGUGAGAAUCAGUGCAAUGAGGCAACAAAACACUCCCCACCUCAUGAAGAAUAUCAACAUGUGCCUCAAAAACAACCACAACAGGCAACCAAACUCACUACCCGAAAGUUGGUUCGUCAACACAGUGUGCAGGUCCCAGAAAUACUUGUAACAGAGGAUUCAAACAUGAGCACUGAAAUCAUGACGGAGCCAAAUUCCACAGUGAAACAGUCAGAAAAUCAGAAAUCUGAUGAAUUUCAGUGGCCACAGAGAAGCUCUUCACUUGCCCAGCUCCCUAUUGAAAAGCUUCCUCCUAAGAAGAAGCGGCUACGUCUGGCUGAGGCUGCCCAGUCCUCAGGAGAAUCCAGCUUUGACUCUAUAUCCUUGCCACGUAGCCCAAGUCAGGACAGCAGUGCCUCCUAUGCAUCUAGUCGUUCCACAUCUUUUGAAGAGUCCAAUAGACCAGACAUAGAGACAGCAACAUCGACACCACUGAGGAGGUCAAGAGCUCCUCAGAUGUUAACUGUUCCAGGGGUACAUCAGCACAGAGAGAUGAGGCGUUCCGCUUCUGAACAAGCACCUCAUGACCCACAACCAAAUGUCCUAAUGGCAGAGACGCGCAGUAAGUCUUUUGACUAUAGCUGCUUGUCCCCUGAGCGCACUGCAGUCGGCUGGAGAGAGAGAAGAAAAUGUCUUUUAUUGAGACAUAGUGCUGUCAGAGAUCCAGAUGAAGAAGAAGAGGAGCAGCCUCCUUCAUCAAACCAUAGUCCUGAGCAAAUGAGCUCCAGCCCCCAAACAAGCUCUAGCUCUGUGUACUGUGGUAAGCCCCCUAGUUCUCCUUUAUGUGGUGAAACAGUUUUGCGAAAUCCAGUGACAUCGAAAGGCAAAGAGGUGUUCUCUCAGUGGAAACUUCAAAAUAUUCAGUUAAUAGGAAGCACAGAACUCCCGCUUACUCAUGUUCCUACUGAUGAUCCUUUAAAAGAAGAGGCCUUGGAGCCCCCACCCCAAGAACCCCAACCCUACUCCACACAGGGAUUAUCAGGGGCAGCCAGAGCUCAUUAUCUCCCCAUGUCUACAGGACUGAAGCUAGAGAUUCCUUCACGAUAUGAUAAUCAUUCCGAAGUGAGAGUGAGUCAGUCCCACAUCCAACACACUGUCCCUCAUAUUUCUUCCAGUGUGGGGUUACUGAGACCAGUCAUGUCCCCAGCAGUAGCUGUACGACUCCAGGCAGACACCUUACCUCCAGCUUGUGCCAUUUACACCACCCUAUCUCAGUCCACCUCUCCCAGACCACAGGAGGCAUUUGAUGCUGUUCCACAAAAUAUCCCAACAGCUGAAUACGGAAACUAUAGAAGUGUAAGUCCAGACCUUCAGACAUGGUCAGAAGAAGAUCUGAGAUUAUCAGGAUCAGGCGGCAACAAACGCAUGCUUUCUCCUUCAAACAGUAUAGAACUGUCACCUGAGUCCCAACAGCAGCAGAAACGGGUGAAAGAAGAAGAGGAGAGGGAGGUGGGGUGUGUUGAAAAGGCAUCUGUAGACUCAUGCAGACAGGAACUCAAACAGGAGACGGAGUUAUGUCUACCCAGUGUAUGUUCUUCAGUCACACAUGUGGGACCUUCAUUCCCCAGUCUGCUGUCGAGCACCUGUAACAGCUGGUGCUAUUUGAACUACAUUAAACCAAACCCUUCUGCCUUAGAUGAACAGAAGCCCUCAGUGUAUUCGUCAUGGUCUACUAGUGGCUAUGACCCCAACCCACCCGGCCUCUCUAGCAAGACGGCCCUCUCUCUGCUGCACUGUAAGCAGAGGCUCAGUCCAUCCAUCUACACCACGUCUCCCAUGUCUGUCAAGGCGAAUGAGUCAAAGGAGGAAGAGAACAUCAAAAGACCAAGCUCCACUGAGGUCUACAGCAGCCAGUCCUACUGCCGAGACCACGAUGGGGCAAGGAAGGGACAGCAGCCAGCUGACAACAACAGAUCAAACAAAGCAGAGGAGGAGGAGGAAGGGAAGAAGACAGAGGAGGAGGAGGAGGAGUGGGUGGAAGUGCGCCCAUGUUUUAGAGGAAAACAACCUCUUGAGAUUUGGAUGUCUGAGCAGGGAUCAAAUGAGAAGUAUGGCGUGGUGCACAGUGGACGAGGAGGGAAGUGCCAGUGUGAGGAUAAGAAUACCAGCAUGCUGCAAAAAGACACCCACUACUCCGCAGAACCUCCUCCAUAUAAAUGCAGACACUGUAACAUUGCUUUCAAAGCCAAUGAAAGCACCACUGAACACAUGACAUCUAAGACAGUUAUAGAAAAGACCUGCUGUUACCCAGAUGACAUGCAUAAAGGAGUGAGUGAAAACUGUUCUGGCCCGGAUAGACUAAAAGAUUGUCAAUACGGUCAUCUGGGGAAAAGUGGGCAUGAUGAGGGUGAUGACAGAAAGCAUGGAGUCGUCAGAUCUGAUGAAGAAAAGGGACCGACGGCGGCCCAAAGCUCUCAGGUCUCCUCUUCUGACAGUGAACUUUGUGGUCCAGGAGGCCCGCUCGUGGAGCCGGAACGUAGUCUACCCACGGCCCUUCCCUCCAAGGAUACCAUCCAGAAGAGCUCGGCCAGCGCCAGGAGGGCCCUGUUUGCCCGACGACGCCUCGAACUCUCGGUGUCGACACCCUCCGGGAACUCUCCCAACUCUCCAAGUGUUCCACAAAGGGAACCGUCUCCACCUCGUAGCCAGUCGCCCAUGCUCGGCCAGUCUCCUGCUCCCCUCUCCUCCCUCUCCCCUUCCAGUUGUCAUGUCUCCACCUCCCCAGUGAGACCAGUUUCUCCUGUAAGGUGCCUUUCUCCUAUAAUAGUACAGUCCCCUGGAGUGGGGUCCUGUGGGCCACCACGCUCCCAUGCAAACACUUCUGUUCAGUGUCAAGACUGUCCUCACCCAAAGGACCAACCUUCAACAGCAAGACUCUCCAUACAUGAGGUUGGUCUGACCCACACCGGCCCACAUCCACGGCCUCGGGGGGCCCACAACCUUCUGAGUCAUCUCCCUCUGCACUCGCAGCAGCCGAGCAGGUCUCCGAGCCUCCUAAUCCCCAUCGGGGGGAUCCACAUGAUUCAGCCCAGGUCCCCCCUCCGGCUGUACGCCCCCACGGGGACCGGGACGCCAUGGAGAGCAGAAGGAAGGAUUUCUCCGCCGCAGCGACAAGACAUUCAUAAAACGAGUUCUGUGAGCAUCUCAGCCAGCCCGCCGGACCCCGGUGACACCAGGAAGACGUCCGGGAGCAGCUGUUCGGUCGAGCUCCCGCACAGAAAGGGUCACAAACCCCCGAGCCCCCGACAGCCGCUGAGCGUUGGGACCGAGGUGAGGCCGUCACCUCCGAAGGUGAGCACAGAUGUUCCACAGAGGUGUGUUUACCCAGAGAGCAGCCAAGGCCAAAAAAAGGCUCCCCCCUCGCAGACCCAGCUCUGAUAGGAGGGAGAGUUUAAAGGGAUUGUGCAAAAAGUCCAAAAACCGGAGGUAUUCGUAUGAAAAUACUGCACUCUGGUUUAGAGACUGAGGACAAAAAGGCAAAGAGCACUUCUUCAGCACCGCUUCUGAAUGACGCUAUUAUGUAAUUAUAUGAAUAAUAUAUAGACACUUUGUUAGAUAUGCAGUAUGUUUUGUAAAUCUUUUUUUACCCUCUUGUUUGAUGUCAUUGGUGUUAAUUUAUUUAUGUGCUAUUAUGCAAUUCUGUACUAUAUGCAAAAGCAGCUGGAAUGAAAAUAGACAAAAGUUUUAAUCAGUUCAUCUUUUUCCCUAUUAACCCUUUGGACAGCUCUGAUAUACUAUUGCUGUGUUAAUGUACUGUAUUACCAAAAUGGAUAUAGAAAGGUACUACAAAUAUUUAUUCACCUGACCAGUAUUUUGAAGUGCAAUUUAUGUCAAGAUUGUGGUUUGAAAUGUCAUUCUUAAAGGCUGUGAGUUUUAUUUUUUUUUCUCUGUCAUAUGUUUUUUUUUUCUUUCGUUGUUGUCGUUUGUUGUCGUCAUUGUUUGUGUUUGCAGAAGCAGGGUUACGAUCGCCUCCUUUUCUAACAUUAGGAAAAGACGUUUCGGUGUGCACUGACAAAUGCUUUGAUAUCCAGAGGAGUCCUGUUUCACGGUAGCUACGGUACUUUUUUCUGUUGUCGUUUUUUCAUAAACAGAUACAUGUAUUUUUGUGUUGUUGCUUUUAUAAAUGAUACAAUCACUCUGUCAUUUUCAUGUUUACCAUUAAAUUUCUCAUUUUUACAGA